UGUGAUGACAGCGUCGCGUCAUCAGCGUAGGACGACAUGCGCUCUGUGUUUUGAAUGGGUUUUCAGAGUCUGGAGUGAGGAACCGGAGUGAAACUUUCCUAACAUUAUGGCAUCUAACGAGGCGUCCCAGAUGUCCAGUCUGAAGGGGAAGGUGGCUUUGAUCACCGGGGCCAGCUCGGGCAUCGGCGCCGGGACUAGCGUGCUGUUCGCCCGGUUCGGGGCCCUGCUGGCGCUGAACGGACGCGACGUGGAGAACCUGUCCAAAGUGGCCAAGCAGUGCACUGACUGUGGAGCAGCCGAGCCGCUGCUUGUGCCUGGAGAUCUGACCCACGAAGAGUCCGUCCAGAAAGCCGUGGAGCAGACCAUCGCCCACUUCGGCCGUCUGGACGUGCUGGUGAACAGCGCCGGCAUCCUGGCAAUGGGAAGCAUCGAGACGGCGGGCCUGGCCCAGUAUGACAAAGUGAUGAACGUCAACGUCAGGUCUGUGUACCACCUGACCCAACUGUGUGUUCCCCACCUCAUCAAGACCAAGGGAUCCAUCGUCAACGUGUCCAGCAUCACAGGCCAGAGAUCAUUCCCUGACGUCCUGCCCUACUGCAUGUCGAAGGCGGCCAUUGACCAGUUUACGAGCUGUGUAGCUCUUGAACUGGCCCCAAAGCAAGUCAGAGUAAAUUCUGUUUGCCCGGGUGUCAUCGUCACAGAAGUGCACAAACGAGCCGGAUUGGACGAGCAACAGUACGAAAAGUUCCUGGAGAAGUGCAAGCAGACCCACGCGCUGGGGCGGCCCGGAGAGGUGGACGAGGUGGCCCAGGCCAUCGCCUUCCUGGCCUCGGACUCUGCCAGCUUCAUCACGGGGGUCAACCUGCCGGUGGACGGGGGGAGACACGCCAUGUGCCCCCGAUAGCCCGACGCUCGUUACACAACUCCUGUAUCAAUAAUAACCACAAUGCUGGAAACAUC